UAAAAAGGAAAAAAGAAAAAAAGUGCAAAGAACAUCCAUCUAGUACACUCCAUUCCAGCUAAUUCCUGUAACCUUUCUUGUUCCCAAACAGCCCCAUAAAAUCUUUCUCAAGAACUCAACAAUAUACAAAAACACACACACAAAAUACACAUUUCAAGUUUUCCGUUAUGGCAUCACCAAAAAAGGCAGCGUCAGAAUCUGACCGUCCAUUAACGGCGAUCAUGCAUCAACCAGCAUCGCCACGUUUCCCUUCAACUUCAGGAACCAAUCGUAAGAUCGCUAUAGCCGUUGAUCUUAGCGAUGAAAGUGCUUACGCCGUUAAAUGGGCCGUCCAAAAUUACCUCCGUCCAGGUGACUCCGUUAUUCUCCUUCACGUCCGUCCAACUUCCGUUCUUUACGGUGCUGAUUGGGGUGCUAUUGAUGUUUCUGUUGAUAACACUCCAGAUAAUGAAGAAUCACAACAGAAACUUGAAGAUGAUUUUGAUAACUUCACUACUAACAAAUCUAAUGAUUUAGCACAACCAUUAGUGGAAGGGAAUAUUCCAUUCAAGAUUCAUAUUGUUAAGGAUCAUGAUAUGAAAGAAAGGUUGUGUCUUGAAGUUGAGAGGUUGGGUUUGAGUGCUGUGAUAAUGGGGAGUAGAGGGUUUGGUGCAUCAAGGCAUAGUAACAAAGGUGGGAGACUUGGUAGUGUGAGCGAUUAUUGUGUGCAUCAUUGUGUUUGUCCUGUUGUUGUUGUUAGAUAUCCUGAUGAUAAAGAUGGGGUUCCUGAAACUGGCAAUGAAGGUGAUUCGGUUAAAUCGGUUGGGAAAGUGGGGACAGAUGUGCUUCACCCUGUGCCUGAGGAGGAACCUGUAUACCAUGAUGCCACUGAUAAAGCUGCAGAUGUGGAGAAGGCUUCUUGAAUAAGUCGAAGGUGCAGAGAUGAUUGAGUACUGGCAAGACGGACUUGGUUUGGUGUGGGCAUGUGCCAUUUGGAAUAUGAAUUUGGUGGUUUUCAGUACUUUCUUUCUGCUUAUUGUUGUCUGCUGUGUUACGGGUGAAGUUUGGAAUGAUUGUUAUCGUUCAUGAGCCUCUUUUCUUUGUUUUAAGUUUUAAAAUUGUGCUUGCUUUAUAUGUGGAAUAACUGUCUUUCAAAGCUGCUUUGCAAGUUCAACGUUC